GUUAUUGUGUCAGUGUCAUUGUGGUGUCAUUAUCAUUUGUUGAUAGCCAAAACGGGCAAAGUUCAACUUUGACGAAGUUUUACCAUUGUAAUAAAACAGUACUUUUGUGAUUUUUUUUGUGAGAAAUUAAAUAAAGUUUUCUAAUUAUGUCCCUAUCACCUCAAGUCUUGUUAUCAAAUGCUGCGAGAGACAAGUGUAUAGCGAAGUUGAAAGAUCUCCCAGCGUUUAUACAUUCCGGAAUGAAGCCAAAGUAUAAGGCUUCUGUUUUGCUGCCCCUAUUCGUGCAGAACGGUGAAGUACAUUUAUUGUACACCCUCAGAUCUUCAAACUUGAAAGCUCACAGUGGCCAAGUGUCAUUUCCGGGUGGUAAAAUGGAGGGUACAGAAGGUGUAAUCGAGACAGCUUUACGAGAAACAGAAGAAGAAAUCGGCAUUCGUAAUAAUACUGUGGAGAUUUGGUCUACCAUGUCCCCUGUACAAGGAAGAGACAAGACCAUGCUCAUAACCCCUGUAGUAGGUUUAAUUAAUGACUUGGACAUUAAAAGUUUACAUCCAAACAUUCAUGAAGUGGAAGAGAUUUUCUCAGUGCCAAUGUCAGUGUUCUGUAAUCGAGAAAACCAUGCACAUCUCAUGUUUAAUGAAAUGCCCUUACCAUUAUUUUUGAGUGGGAAACACAGAAUAUGGGGCAUCACAGGUUUCAUUACACAUAUGUUUCUUGAAUGCUUUUUGCCCAGUGAUUCUUAUAAAGUCGACUUUAUGAGGAAGAGCUUCACAUUAGAUGAGCUUAUGCCAUCAAAACUGUGAGAGAAUAUUAGCUAGGAAAAGUGUUCUCAAAUUAGUAUUUAAAUAUAUUCUGGCAAAUAACCUUAACAAGUUUACAUAGUUGGGUUCUUUGUACAUGUUGUAAGUCCGAGAGGACAAAGAUUCUUUCAAACAAAACACUCUUGACAACUAUGAUUCUCAAGUUAGGUAUGCCUACAACAAUACAAUUCAAGUAAUAGAGUUUAGUGGUUUCAUAUCUUUGCUUUCCAAUGUAAUCUUGACAGAUUUUUAGGAAUUCUAAUAAUAAAUAAAAUCCUACUUUCUAUUAACUGUCAAUGUUUUAUAUAGUAAAGCAAAGUCAAACUAAUCAAUUAUAGCAUAACCUGCUAUGUAUUUUUUAUUAUUAUAACUAUGAAGUUUUUGGAGAUUAUGGUAUAAUAUAUAUGUUUUAGUUAGAUUAUUUUAAUGGCUUACAUUACAUACGGGUACAGGUUAUAAUACUAUUUUAUACUAGGUUAAUCUAGUUGAAUCUAGAACCAGAACAGACUACCGUCAAGCUAAUGAUUAAUAAACUGGUCUUUUUUAAACAUGGUCUUUAAUGCCCAUAGAUUGUAUUCAAAAAAGGCCUCAGGAUGGUAUCAGCUUUGCAAUUUGUAAGGUUCAACCAGUGUUAAGGAACAGUGUAACAAGAUAAUUGUACCUAUGAAAAGAAAUUGCACAACUUUGAUCUCAUAUAAGGAAUUUGAAUAUUUCCUAUAUCAUAUAUAACAAUAAGCAAACUGUAACAUAUCAUAUUAGCUUUGGCCUUUGUUGUGGCCUGCAUUCAUCAAUAAUUGUAAGUGAAAAGAGAUCAGGAGUAUCUAGAAGAGGAGGAGGAAAGAGUUUGGAUGCAUUGUCACUAACUUUUAAUUAUUGAAACACAUUUUUACUUAUGUUAUGGUAUUGGUAUAAUAGUCACAAUGAUAACAAUAUUUUUGGAAAAUGACGCUGAGUUUGAUUUGAUUGACCUGAUUCAUGUUCUGUUACUUGGGGCAUGAACCAAAUUAACAUACAGCCAAUAUUAAAAGGCAGAGAAUUUUUUAUGUUAAAUAACUUUCUCUUUAAAUAAGGAGCCAAAAUUUAUCUAUUUAUUCAAGAAAGUGUGUACCUACUAUUUUAAGCUGUAUAAAAUGUUUUUUUUUUUGUUAUUUAAAAAGAUGUAUCACCCAGUUAAUUACGGAAAUCUUUGUCUACGUACUCAAAACUUCCAGUGAGUAACCAACUUAACUGAAUCAGGAUUUCAAAAACAC